UAGAAAAGAGAGCCUAUGCCGUCUCUUACAAUGCCUCUCUUUCCUCUUUCAUUCCCAUCAAGCUUCGGCCAAGAUAGUCACUCUUUUGUGCUUCCGGCGUAAUCAUUCUUUUUUGGAAUAUUUACUAUUCCAGUCCAUUCUUUAAGCAGUUGCUGUUUUUUGCGAAGUUUGAUAAAGAAAAAUGCGUUUCUCUACCCACGGCUCCGCGGCCGUGGCCAUGGCGGCCCUCGCCAGUGCCACUGCCCCGGUCUCUGAGCGCCAUCUCCUCGACCUUUCCAAGGACCUGAGCCAGCCUAUCUCUGCUAACGUUGAUUUGGGCGUGGACUUGAGCGGUACCACUCUCGUCGCCGGUGUUGUCGCCGGUGUGGCCGUUCCCCCUCUAGUCGGUGUUGGUGCCGAUGUUGAGGUUGAGAUUGUUUGUGACACUUGCUUCGUCAAGGGUAACAUCAACGCCAGCAUCUCUCUGGACAAUGUUGUCCCCGCCCUCAGCCUGUCCCUCCAGGGCAUCGAGGCCAAGCUCGACCUCGACGUCAGUAUCGGUGCUGCCGCCGUCAUUGCUGUCAACCUGUUCACCCCUCCCGCCCCUAUCUCUCUCCCCCUCCCUGGUCUUAAGGUUGAUGCCCUCAUCUCCCUUGACCUUAUCAUCGGUGUUGAGACCGCCAUCGACCUGUCCGCUGGUAUCGACCUGAAGCUUGUGGAGGAUGCUACGAUUGUGACCGAUAUCUUGGCCGGAAAGAUCCUGGAUGCUGCUUUCUCUGGAUUGUCCGUCCAGGUCCUACCCAUUGAGGUCCGAAUCGGCUGCACCAGGCUAUUGGCUGAUCUCCGUCUCCGUGUCGAACUUGGUGUUGCUGCCGAAGUCGACGUUGACGACAUCAUCCCUAUCCUUGACCUCCCUGAGAUCGGUGCCGGUCUCGAGGUUGCCGUCUUCGCCAACUUGCUUGAGUACGUCGGUUUCUUCUGCGCUACUCCUUCGUGCCCUCUCUCCAAGGAGUCGUAUGGCCUGAACGUUGGUGCUGCUGUGGAGCUUGAUGUGUCUGUUGAGGACCUUCUUUCCAUCCACCUUGCUCCUACCAUCUCCACUGCUCUCCUCAGCUACCCUACGACAACCAUCUGCGAGCACCCCUCGUACACUCUGUCGGUCCCGACUCUUACCGCUACCUCGAUUUCCGCCUCUGUCACUGGCUCUGCCUCUGCUUCUGAGUCCGGAUCUAACUCUGGCUCUAUCACUGCUACUGGCUCCGGCUCUGCUUCCGCUUCCGCUUCCGCUUCCGGAUCUGCCUCUGCUACUGGAUCUGGUUCCGCCUCCGGAUCUGCUUCUGCUACCGGCUCUGGUUCCGCCAGCGGCUCUGGCUCUGCUACUGUCUCCGGCCCCGGAUCUGCCAGCGCCACUGGUUCCGGAUCCGCCAGUGCUUCUGGUUCUGGAUCUGCCACCGGUUCCGGCUCUGAGUCCGCUACUGCUACCGCCCCUGGUUAUCCCAUUGGCACUGGCUCUGGCGUCAUCUCUGUUACUUCUGCCACGGCUCCUGUCUCGGCUUCUAUCUCGGCUCCUAUCCCUACUGGUGGCUCCAUCACUUCUACCGUCACCAACGUGCAGACUUUCACCAUCACUCAGUGUGCUGCUUCCGUGCCUAACUGCCCUGCUGGUUACGCUACCACUGCUACUGUCAUCCACACUACCGUCUACACGACCGUGUGCCCCGCUACUCAGACUGGUGCUAUCACUGCCCCCCCGCCGAAGCCCACUCACAGCAAGCCUGCCACUCCUGUGACCUUCACCAAGACUAUCGUGACUCUCGUCCCUUGCUCCGAGGCCUCGACUUUCACUCCCCCCACCAACAUCCCUACUGCUCCUUACCCAACCGGUGUCAAGGCCGUUCCCAGCACCACCCCCGCUGGCAGCCCUUCCACUAGCUACCCUGCCGGAGCUCCCUCUGUCUCGAAGCCCGCUGGUAUCCCCUCUGUCACCGGCCCUGCUGGUCCUUCUCAGAGCGGUCCCGCUGGUACUGCUUCUGCCAGCUACCCUGCUAGCUUCGUUACCGUCCCCGGUGGCAAGCCCUCUGGAACCUACCCUCCCGGUGGUAACUCCAACACUCUCCCUGUUGGUACCCCCAGCAGCGUUCCUGGUGGCCCUGCUUUCCCUACCGGUGGUUCACCAUCUGGCCCUGCUUUCCCUACCGGUGGCUCGCCUUCUGGCCCGGCUUUCCCUACCGGUGGCUCGCCUUCUGGCCCCGCCACCCCGACUGUUGUGCCUCCUUAUCCCACUGGCCCCAUCGGCGGUGGUUCCAACAGCACUAUCCCCGCUGCUCCUACGUCUCCCCAGACUUUGAGCACCUAUGUGCCCAGCGCCAGCCCCGUUAACCCGGGUUCUUCUGGCUACCCCACCAUUCCGGGUGAGACUCCCAUCCCCACUGCCGGUGCCGCCAAGGUUGGCAGCGGUAUCGCUCUCGCCGUCGCCGGUGCUUUCUUCGCUCUGCUAUAAGGGAUGAAGUGAUAUAUAAAUAAGGAUGUAGUUAGAAUAGGGGGAGAGGUCUUCUAAUAUGUAAUGUUUCAUUGGAAAGCAAGCGUUAGGCGUGUUAUCAUAGCUUUGGUAUAUACCAUUCAUGUUCAUGACAGCUUGUAGAUUUAGAAAUCUAGGUCGUUGACUAUUAUUGUUUGUGCUAUUGCGUGUUGUGCUUUGCCAGUGAAUAUAUGCCUAUCUAUUUAUCGUUGAGAAAUUAUCAUUGUGUGCUAAUGUGCUUUUGCUACCCAGAUCCUCGAUUUCUUCGUGUAUAUGUCCAUAAUGUGAAGCCAUCCUGUUUACUAUUAACUAGUUAAUCUAGUGUGUUGUUAUUGGAUCAAUUUCCCUACGUACUUGAGGGCAAUUCUCAUUGUCAUUGUCAUCUCUUAGUUUUGCAAUCCUUCAUUAUAUCGUACUCUCUUAAUCCUCUGGUUCCCAUCUAUUCUUCUCAAGUGUAGGAACUAUUUUAUUAUUUUCGAAUGGUUUCUUAGCCUAACCUAUUUUAUUGUCUUUCCCCUUGAAUUGUCAUCGGACUUAUGAUGCAUUUAGUGUGUUGUUAAACCCGUUGGCUUGCAUUAAUUAGGCGGUCA